AUGGAGGUUGCUGAUGGCUCCCCACUACAAUCCGCCUACACAACUAGCCUAGGUGCUUCACAGCAAGCUACUAUGCUAGAUGACAUACAGCAAACCUCAGCAGAAGUCGAAGCCACAAGCGAUCAUAGGGCUGUGUUUGACAAUACUCCGGUCAAGUCAUAUAGACUUCAAGCUCUACAAGGUGUCUAUGAAGCCCUCCGGAUCUUGAGGGCUUCUUCAGAGCCUACAGAAGACGGCCAAGAAACGCAAUUUACUUACUUCGAUCUAAAAAUGUUUCACACAAAACUGGAACAUUGUCGUAUUAGUCUUAACACCCGUAUGCUCGAAGAAAACAAAAAGAUAAGGAGAAUCAAUGAAGAGGUCAGUAAGACAGAUAUGAGAAUUAAUGAGAAGUUGGCCAAUUUGGAAAACGAAUUUUUGAGUGAUCAAGCCAAUUCUGCCGACUAUCAACGACAUGUAUCUCGGGAAAGUUUGUACUCAGUGUACACAACUAUGAUGACUGUUGUUUCCGAUAUGUCUCUUAUCGGAGAUUUACGUUCCCGGUCCAGGAGAGCCCUUCGCAAAAAGACCCCGGAUGCACGAGCCGAUAAUGAAGCCGAUAAACCUGAUUUGGAAGCACUUGAGGAUCUGAGUCAGACUUUGUUGCAGUUGGUUCGUUCAGCAGGGGAGUCAAAAGAUUAG